CUGGAUCUGAAACGUUGUUAUGAGGAGGUGCUUGGUCUACUCGAGGACCUUGGUUGCUGAUAUGCACAGCAGGGGUGAUGGUGUUGGACUGUGAUAAUGAUAAUAGACAAUGAUCACCUCAGUCACCUGUCCUCCUGAGAGCUGAGUGACUUCUGGCACUGCGGUGGAAGCUGUCUCAUCCCAAGCCCUGCCCUCUUGUACCUGAGCAUCUACAGCCUCCAAAUCCCAGGGAUGAGCAGAUGGAGAUAAAUGUCCAUCCACUGAGGGACAAGCCUGAGGGAAGGGGCUUCCAUACCCACAAUAGUGAUGGAGAAACAUCUCGACAAUGCUCUGAGUCACACUAUUUCAACAGCACACCGUGUCCUAUUGCCAGAAACCCCCUUCUCACCCUGGGGGGUUUGGGCCGCUGGCAUCCUGAUGGGGUGAUGCUGCUCAGCUUCCCAAGUCCCAACACCUCUGGAGGAGCUGGGAAAGGGAACGUGGCACGAUGCCGGAACGAGCCUCCAGGCUUGGCAUUUUGGGGAUGUCACCCUCAUGAUGGUCCCUCCUUUUGGUUACGUCCUUCCUCCCGCAUGCAAAGUGAUGCCAAGGCAAUGCCAACAUUUCCCGCCUCUGUAGGCUGGGGAAAGAGCUGUGGGGAAAAGAGUUUGUCCCUUUCACUAGCUGAUUAAUUCGGUAAAUUACAAAGGAAAUACAUCCUGGGAAAAGCAAGAAAAAUUCCCAAAGUUAAUCCAACAGUUAUUUCCUCCAGUACCUGGAUAAAAACGUGUUCUUCAGAGCUCUUCAGGUCAGACUUUGGUGAGACAGGUGAACCCACAUCAAAGAACAAGGUCUCCCAAGCAGCUGGCUGUGUUCUCAUCCUGCUGCAGCAUGAAGGGAUCCCACAUGUUCCUCUGCCUCCUUUCCGUGUCCUGCUGGUUGAAUUGGAUGCCAAUGGCUGGGAACAAAAUCUUCGACUUUGGGCCUUGCAGGGUUCCAAUGACCAUGACUGAGAUCAGGUCUGGUUUCACUGCAAUCAAAGCCAAUAUUCAAGCCAGAGAUCCCAUCAGGACCUUGAGCAUCUUGUCUCACCCACACUCCCUGCACAAAAUCCAGUCUUCAAACAGAUGCUGCAUCACCUAUCACCUCUUGAACUUCUAUGUGGUCAAGGUUUUCAGGCACUGCAAGACCGAGGAUCCGUAUGUGAACCGGAAAAUCAGCAGCAUCGCCAACUCCUUCCUCAGCAUGAGGAGGAAACUUGAGCAGUGUCGUGAGCAAAACAAGUGUGUGUGUGGACAAGAAUCCACUGAGAAAUUUAACCAAAUCAUUGCAAACUACGAAGGGCUGAAUGUCACAUCUGCAGCAAUAAAAUCCCUGGGUGAGCUGGACAUCCUUCUGGAUUGGAUGGAGAAAUCUCCUUAGGGAGGAGGAGGCAUUAAUGACCCUGGGACAUUGCACACAGGGGAGAACCUGACAUGGCAGGGGUGCAGUUUCCCACUAGCUGCAGCCUUGCUGAGACACACACCGAGUGUUUUGCCAGCCAGGGACACUGGCCACAUCCACAGUCUUGCAUUAAGAGGGAAACACCAAGUUUGAUGGGAUCAGCACAGUGCUCACUUAGCUGGCUUCUAUCAAAGGUCGCUCUCCGAGGGUCUGUCUUGCUGGCAGACAUAAGCUGUGAUUGUUUCAGAAAGUAUUCUUUAAAUUAUAAGACUUUUAUGUAAGGAAUGUAUAUUAAUGAGUGCUGAGUGACCACUGGAGUGACCCUGGGGUGGGAAACGCUGCAGAGAAGAGCUCCUACACCUGGGCUCAGCCUCAUGUCACUGCUGCUGGAUCUGGCUGAAAUGAGGUGCAUGGUGUGGGAAAUGCUGCCUAGAAGAUGUCCUAGCAGGUAUGUCAGGCCUCAGAAAUCCACGUUUCCUUUUGACAUGAUAUUUUCUGCCUUAUCAGUGAAAAUAACCACCUUUCUAUGCAAGAUAUGUGGUUGCUGAGUAUAAAAAUGUUCUUGUAUGUAUGGUGUA